UGGGAACUGGAUCGCACUUAAGGUCUUCAUUGCACUAUCAAAGUUUUGCAUAAAGUUAAAUAAUUUUCCUUUGUAGAUUUGUGCAUAAAAUGAAGAAUGAGAAAAUCGGUAUUAUAGGCAGCGGCCUCAUCGGACGCGCCUGGUCCAUGCUAUUCGCCUCUGUUGGGUACAAAGUGAUGUUGUACGACAUAUUGCCCGAGCAAACUAGCAAUGCGUUAAAGGAAAUUGAAGAGGAGUUGCGCGCGCUCCAGACAAAAGGAGCGCUACGCGGCACACUCAGCCCAGCUGAACAGUUUAGUUGCAUCAGCGUAACCACUGAUAUCGGUGAGCUGGUAAGCAAUGCCAUCUAUCUGCAGGAAUGCAUACCGGAGCGACUUGAAUGGAAGCGUACGCUAUAUACAGAGCUGGCUGACAUAGUGUCUUCCGAGACGAUUAUGGCUAGUUCGACGAGCACAUAUAUGCCGUCGCUUUUUAGUGAACAAAUGAAACAGCAUCGUGAGAAUGUGCUUGUCGCGCAUCCGCUUAAUCCACCCUACUACAUACCGCUUGUCGAAAUUGUACCCGCACCUUGGACAAAAGCCGACGUAGUGACACGCACACGUGAACUCAUGCUGGAAAUUGGCCAAAAACCUGUGACACUAACACGUCAAAUCGAGGGUUUCGCCACGAAUCGCAUACAAUAUGCCAUACUCAAUGAAGUUUGGCGCCUAGUGGUCGAUGGUGUGGUUAGUGUGGCCGAUGUGGAUCGCGUUGUAACUGAGGGUUUAGGUUUGCGUUAUGCGCUUUUGGGUCCGCUUGAAACGGCCCACUUGAAUGCCGAUGGCGUGGCCGAUUAUUUUCAACGUUUUGGCGCUGAAGUUUACGCCGUAAGUGAGACGUACGGACCCACACCGAAGAUGGAGGCUGGUGCGAAUUUGUCGAAGAUUGCCGCAGAGUGUGAGGAAAUGGUGCCGAGAGCGCAAUUGCAGACACGACGCGAGCAACGCGAUCGCUUUUUACGUGAACUGUGCGCGCUCAAAAAGCAGUUAGAGUAGUAAUGAAUAGUUGUAGGAACUCGUGGUGAGGUUUAUGUUGUAUAUAUUAUUUAAACGGGCUAUUAAAAGUUGUAGAUGGCUCCAUAAAA